GGCCUUCUGACCUUGAAAACAUAUGCGAAAAUGGUUCAGGCGUCUUUCAAGCCUUUUCUUAUUGGUGUUAGUGGAGGAGCGGCCUCGGGAAAAACUGAGGCAUGUAAAAAGAUAAAAGAUGUCUUACUGAAGAAAGCAACAGAAAAAAAGGUUGUAGUCUUAAGCUUAUCAUCCUUUUAUCGUGAACUUUCUGAUGAAGAACGACAAUUAGCUCUGGAGAGUGAGUUCGAUUUCGACCAUCCAAAUUCAUUUGACUUUAAAUAUUUAGCUGAAGUUUUAAGAAAAAUCAAACAAAGAGAACCUGUAAUCUUGCAUACUUACGAUUGUUCUGCUUAUUCUAGUACUCCAGAUGUUCAAGAGAUUCCACAAGAUGUAGAUGUUGUGAUUGUUGAAGGAAUACUAACAUUUUAUCAAAAGGAAGUUAGAGAUUUGUUUCAUUUGAAAAUCUUUGUUGAAUCAGAUACAGAUACUAGACUUUGUAGAAAAGUCUUAAGAGAUGUCUCAACUAAAGGUCGUCGUCUGGAAGCUGUACUCGAUAGCUAUUUUAAAUAUGUUAAACCGGCAUUUGAAGAAUUUUGUCUUCCUACAAAAAAAUAUGCUGAUGUAAUUCUACCUCGUGCACCAGACAAUCAAGUUGGUGUCGAUUUAAUAACUGAACAUUUACUACAAGUUGUCAAUGGAAUACCUUUCAUUGGUGGUGGUGGUGGUGGUGGCGGUAGUAACAAUCAACAACAAAAAAAUAUGCUGAUGUAAUUCUACCUCGUGCACCAGACAAUCAAGUUGGUGUCGAUUUAAUAACUGAACAUUUACUACAAGUUGUCAAUGGAAUACCUUUCAUUGGUGGUGGUGGUGGUGGUGGCGGUAGUAACAAUCAACAGUAUGUACCACGUGUUAGAAAUCAAUCUGAGUCUUGUUUAGGCUCAGUUCGACCACAUUAGUUACUUUGCUGGCGUUAUUUUAGUAUAGUCACGUUAUUGUUUGUACAUAAGUUUUUUCUUUUCGUUUCUUCACAUGAUUCACCCUUUUUUAUUACUUCUACUUUUGUAUAAUUUGAUGUAUUGAUGGAAGACACUCCGUUAUUCUUUCUGAUCUGUGUAAACGCUCUGUGAGUAUUGCUCUUUGUUUCUACUUUGUAUUAGGUAGUUAUUACUGUGUGUUUUUUGUGAGCUUACAAGUUCUCAGCUGUUUUCAUUAAUUUUUAUUUUCACAAAGUCAACAUAUUUGUUUGACU